AUGAUGUCGGCGCAUUCGAUGCGAGGACGCGGGCUAGGCGCUGCUCUCUUUGCGCUGGAGGACGCUCUCUCACUGUGUGCCGCCUGUGAGGGUGCUCGCAGGGAGAGAGGGGGGAGGAGGGACUACGGUGGGGACGACAGGGACGGCCGGCGCCACAGAGAUCAUCGCGACCACAGGAGGGACGACCGUCGGCGCAGGGACGACAGGCGCGAGCGGCCGUACUCGCGGGACCGCUCGCCCGAGCGCAAGCCCGACGUGGCCCCGCCGCCCCUGCCCGGCGGGCCUCCCGCGCGCCCGCCGGACGCCCCCCUCAACGGCACCAGCGCGGUGAAGAAGGAGCCCGUCGCGCUGGAGGAGAUGCUCAAGAAGAAGCAGGAGGAGAUGCAGAAAGCCGCCCGGCCGGUCUUCCUGAGCAAGAAGGAGCGCGAGGCGCUCGCUCUGAAGCGGCGCGAGGAGCAGGUCCAGGCCCAGCGGGGGGCCAUGGAGGCCACCCUGCAGCAGCAGCGGGAGGCGUUCCAGGAGCAGCAGCGGCGGUUCGAGGAGGCGCGCGCUGCGGCGUACGGGUCGGCGAACGCGCGGGAGGUGGCGCUGGGCGACGACGCGCGCAUGAAGGACCAGGUGAUGGAUCAGAUCCGCAAGCAGUACCUCGGCGCGGAGCGCACCAAGCGCAAGGUGGUGCAUCCUGCGGAGCGCAUGAAGCGCGGACAGGAGUGGGACAUGGAGGACGACACGCUCGCGGAGGCGAACCCGCUGAUCGACGCGCCUGAACGCGACGUGGGGCUCCUGUUCGGCCGCGGCAUGCGCGCAGGCAUCGACCGGUCGGAGCAGCGCCGCGCCGGGGAGCGCGCGCAGGCGGAGGUCCUCCGCAAGUACCGCUCGGAGCGGGAGAUGGAGGACCUGCAGCGGCUGUCGCGGCGCGACCGCAUUGCGGACAAGGAGCAGGCGAUCAAGAAGGGCAAGCACUGGUCGGAGAAGGCGCUGGAGGAGAUGGCGGAGCGCGACUGGCGCAUCUUCAUGGAGGACUUCAGCAUUAGCUACAAGGGCAAGAACCCGGCGCGGCCGAUGCGGUCGUGGGACGAGAUGAGCGCGCCGGCGUUCGUGCGGCGCGCGAUCGACCGUCUCGGGUUCGCGAAGCCCUCCCCGAUCCAGAUGGCCUCGAUCCCCGUGGGCCUGUCGAUGCGCGACGUGAUUGGCAUCGCCGAGACGGGGUCCGGGAAGACGUGCGCGUUCAUGGUGCCGCUGCUGAACUACAUCGCGAAGCUGCCGGAGAUGACGGACGAGGUGGCGGUGCACGGGCCGUACGGGCUGGUCAUGGCGCCCACGCGCGAGCUGGCGCAGCAGAUCGAGGAGGAGGGCCGCAAGCUGAUGCACUACACGGCGUACCGCGUGACGAGCGUGGUGGGCGGGCAGAGCAUCGACGAGCAGGCGACGGCGCUGCGGCGCGGCUGCGAGAUCGUGAUCGCCACGCCCGGGCGGCUCCUCGACUGCCUGGAGCGCCGGUACUGCGUGCUCAACCAGUGCAACUUCAUCGUGCUCGACGAGGCGGACCGCAUGAUCGACCUCGGGUUCGAACCCCAGGUCAUCGGGGUCAUGGACGCCAUGCCGAACUCCACCCUCAAGCCGGAGGACGAGGCGCAGGCGCAGGCGCUGGCGCAGCGCGACUCGGCGCGCGGGGGCGCGCCACAGUACCGCGUGACGUUCAUGUUCUCGGCGACGAUGCGUCCGGAGGUCGAGCGGCUUGCGCGGAAGUACCUGCGCAACCCCGUGGUGGUGACGAUCGCGAGCGCGGGCCAGGCGGGCGAGAACAUCACGCAGGUGGUGCGCAUGUGCAAGCACAACGAGAAGGAGCGGCUCCUGGUGAGCGCGCUCGCCGAGGUGGGCGGCGGCAAGACGAUCGUCUUCGUCAACACGCAGAAGUCCUGCGACAUCGUCUCGCGCAUCAUCGAGCGCAACGGCUACCCGUGCUGCGUCCUGCACGGCGGCAAGGCCCAGGACCAGCGCGAGGAGAGCCUCAACGGGUUCCGCGCGGGCGAGUUCACGUGCCUCGUCGCCACGAACGUCGCGGGGCGCGGCAUCGACGUCCCGGACGUCGCGCUGGUCGUCAACUACGAGAUGCCCAGCAAGAUUGAGGACUACACGCACCGCAUCGGGCGGACGGGGCGCGCGGGGAAGAAGGGCACCGCGGUCACCUUCCUCACGGCCGACGACGCCGGCGUGUUCUACGACCUCCGCAAGUUCCUCAAGUCGUCCAACGCCAACGUCCCCGCCGAGCUCGCGCGCCACGAGGCCUCGCGCGCGCAGCCGGGCGCGCUCGAGCAGAUCCGGUAG